GGCAGCUCUCUUUCCCCUGGAUUAGGUGGGAUCGAGGGAGAUUAAAGCCCUCUCUCUCUCUCUCUCUUGUUCCCCUGGUGCUGGAUGAAAGGAUCCCGCUCUGUCCAGUCUCCGGGGAAUAUUUUCCCCAACAUAUUUAUUUCCUUGAAUCUUCACAGGAGGUCAAACCUAAAGGAGGAGGUGGGCGAAGGCAACAGCUGCUUCAGGUUCUGAAGUUUGCUGAACCCUCCUGGUGAGUGGUUAACAAGUGGUUGGGGUUGGAGGGGGGGUCCAUGAGGCAGGCGAUGGAGGCUGAGGUGUUAAACCCCCACUUUGAGCUUGGAGAACAAGGUCUUCAUCAGGUUCUGUCUGACGUGAUUGAAGAGGUGAGGCGCUCAGUCAGCCAGGACAUCGACGGAGCAGAGAUUCUCCACAGUCUGCUGACCUCCUCCUGGCUGCAGUCACUGCUCAAGGUGUACGAGUGCCUGCAAAGGUACCUGAGAGACUCUCCAGCCCCAAUGCUGGAUUACGCCUCAGGACUCUCGCUUCAGUUGCUGAUAGACCUCAAAUCGUUGCCCUGCUGCUCCGAAGAGGCCAAAGAGCUGUGUCGUCUUCUGCGACAGCCUCAUCUGCAGGCUCUGCUCUCAGCUCACGAUACAGUGGCCCAGAAGGACUAUGAGCCCGUUUUGCCACCAAUACCAGAUGGGCUUCCGGGCGAUGAGGAGGCAACUCGAACUGUUUGCCUGGUCAAAAAUAAACAGCCCCUGGGAGCGACCAUAAAGAGGAACGAGAUCACAGGGGAAAUUUUUGUGGCUCGUGUGAUUCAUGGAGGACUGGCUGAUCGAAGCGGUCUGCUUCAUGCAGGGGACCGGAUCAUAGAGGUGAAUGGGUUUCCUGUGGAUGGGAUGGAGCCAGAGCAGGUCAUCCAAGUAGUGCAAGCUCGGUCACACGGUACCAUCAUGUUUAAGGUUAUUCCCAUCACAGAGAGACCAGUCCAUAACCAGACGAUGCUGUACGUCCGAGCCAUGACUGACUACAGCCCCCAGCAGGACCCCACCAUCCCCUGUGCCGAUGCCGGGAUGAGCUUCAGGAGAGGUGAUGUCCUGGAGAUCGUGGACCAGACGGAUGCUCUCUGGUGGCAGGCCAAGAAACUGCCCAGCAGCUCAGCCUGCGCCGGCCUCAUCCCGUCCACCAACCUGCUCCGACGGAAACAGAGGGAGUUCUGGUGGUCCCAACCAUACCAGCCUCAUGCUUGCAUCCAGACCUUGAGCCCUGUGGACGAAGAGGAUGACUUGAUGGCCAUAGAUGAGAAAUGUGUUGAAGCAGACGAGGAGGCGUUUGAAUCUGAGGAGCUCAGAGAAGCAUUUCUCUCUGUUCCUCCGCUUGUUUACCCAGAAGAGGAUGACUUCAGCAGCAACAUAGAAGGCAUAUAUUUAGCGGGCUUCAGGCGCAGCAUGCGUCUGUGUCGGCGUCUCUCUUACGGCACCGCCCAGCCCACCUGUCACACCCGCUGUCCUAGCAGCUGCUACAGCUCCCUCAACACGCCCUACGAGGAGGUGGUCCGUUACCAGCGCCACCCGGAGAACGCGCACCGCCUCAUUGCCCUUUUAGGUGCACCAGGUGUGGGUGUGAAUGAACUCCGGAGGCGUUUGAUUGAGAUGAACCCAAACCUUUUCCAUGGAGCUGUACCUCACACAACAAGAGCUCCCCGAGGAUACGAGGAGUUUGGCAGAGAAUAUUACUUUACCAGUCGAGAGGUCUUCGACAACAUGGUCUACAACAACAGGUUCCUGGAGUACGGCGAGUACAAAGGGAAUCUUUAUGGAACCAGCAUCGAGGCUGUGAGGGAAGUUCUGAACAGAGGGAAGAUCUGCGUCGUUGACAUCGAACCAAACGCUGUACAGGCAGUGAGGACUCACGAACUGAAGGCCUUCAUCAUCUACGUGAAGCCUCCUCCUCUGGAGCGCCUCAGGGUGACCAGACAAGACUCGUACAUCACCACCAACUAUUACGUCAACCGACCAUUUAAGGAUGAAGAUUUCCAGGAGAUGGAGGAAGCAGCGUGGAAGAUGGAGUCUCAGCUCUGGCACUUCUUCGAUCAGGUGAUUGUGAACGAUGAGCUGCAGGACUCCUGCGUCCAGCUGCUGACGGCAGUGAGGAAGGCGCAGGACGAGCCUCAUUGGGUUCCUGCCAGCUGGAUACGGCCCACUACCGGACCGUGAGAGCAGAAAGCAGUACUAAUUUGGGUCACUUUGCUUUUUUUUUCUGCAAAGAUGAAGAAUCUUAGCAACUGGAUGUUUGACGCAAAAAAACGUAAAUACUUUGAUCUGUGUGUUUGUUGAAAUCUGGUUCUUAAUUCACUUUAAAUCCCAGAAGAUGACACAAAGCUGGACUGAAGCCCUGAGAAAUCCCUGAAACUGUGUCAUAGCAGCCGGUUUGGAUGGUUUUAAUUUUUUCUCUGAUCAAACCGUUUUCAGUUCUUUUGAGCUACAGGGUAUUUGAUCCAGAUUUAAAUUAUUUUUAUGUUCUGUAUGUGGUUUUUAUUUUCUAAAAAAAACCUAAACAUUAAUUUUCAGCUCUGCUCCUCACUCUUGUAUACAAUUUGCAAUUAUAAAUGAUUUCUUUAUUAAUGUUUACAUUCUAGAAAAUAAAGUGACGUCUUGCAUCUGUGUUUCUACACUAACUUGAAUCAUUGCAUGCCAAUGUUACUGGAAUAAAAUGCAUGUUUUGUGUUUUUGUUGA